AUGGGGACUUCGGCAAGCAAAAGACUUUCACAAACUGGCUUAAAGCAUUGCACAUUAUGGAAAGCAGACAGAAGUCCGGCCUGCCGAGCCGUAAUGAUGGCGUUGGACUCUAUGAACCUGAGCAUUACGGAGGUGGACAUCAACAUUGACAAAGGAGAACAUAGGACACCUGAGAUGCUCGUUCUUAACCCAUUACAAACAUUGCCAGUUUUCAAGGAUCGAGAGCUCGUUCUAAGUGAUAGUCAUGCAAUUUGUACAUACUUGGCUGGGCGGUAUUGUGACUCCGGCCGUCUGUUGCCCAAAGACCCUGGAGGCCGUUCAUUAGUGGACCAACAUAUGCAUUAUAACAGUGGGACACUUUAUCCGCGGUUCCGCGCAGCUGCUUACCCAAUCCUUUACGAGAACUGUAAUUUUGUAAUGCCGCAACAAAUAGCAGAUAUCGAAUGCGCUUACUCUGAUUUAGAGAGCAUGUUAUUAGGAAGGACCUGGUUCGGCGGCAGUUGGCCAACUCUCAGCGACAUAGUCUUUGCUUCUACUAUCAGCACUCUGAACAUUCUUGUGCCUAUUGACAAAAACAGGUAUCCACGACUAUCGAGCUGGCUUUUUCGUGUUUCAGAAGAGCUAUUUUUCGUAACAGCUAAUAGAAAAGGACUAAGCGAGUUCUCGAGAAGGAUAGGCGAGUUAUCACAAGUACAACAGUCAUAAGUUUUUAAAUCAAGAACAUUUUUUCACAAACGAUGUGUUUGUCAAAAUUAGAUUGCGGCAGUAUUUGUGAUGAGAAAGAGUUCAAGUGUCCCAGGAGUUCAAUGAGACGUCGGAAGCUAGCGGGAAACAUUCCCGAUAAAAAAUAGCAUUGGCGUAGCCAGGAGUGGGAGGGUGGAGACUGCUGAAAGCAGACUAUAAUGGGGCCUGUGUCAUCGCUUGCUGCACAAAUACAGGUAAAAUAUCUACCGGUAAAGUAGAUGAUAUAUUUACUGUAUUGUUUUAAGUUAUUAUGGAGUGAUUAUAUUUAAUUUUUCUAAAAAUUGUUUGUGAAAUACUUGCAGGGACAAUAAAAUUAUAAAUUGUCAAAAAUAUGCAGAAGCAUGUGCCCCAUUUGCCCCUCCUUGGCUACGUUCAAAGC